AUGGCCGUUGGAAAAAACAAGCGCCUCACCAAAGGAGGCAAAAAGGGUGGCAAGAAGAAGGCUGGUGAUCCAUUUCUCAGAAAGGAAUGGUAUGACAUUAAGGCUCCAAGUAUGUUGCUGGCCGGUAAAACCUUGGUGUCCAGGACGCAAGGUACAAAGAUUGCCACAGAGGAGUUGAAAGGUCGGGUGUUGGAGGUGAACUUGGCCGAUCUCAACAGCGACGAAGACCAAUCCUCGAAGAAAAUUCGGCUUUGCAUUGAGGAGGUUCAAGGCAGAAGCUGCCUGACCGACUUCCAUGGCAUGCAGCUGACACGAGACAAGAUUUGCUCGCUCAUCAAGAAGUGGCAGACGCUCAUUGAAGCCCAGGUUGACGUGAAGACCAGUGACAACUAUGUAGUGCGGAUGUUUUGUAUUGCUUUCACCGCUCGACAAGCCGGGCAAGUGAAGAACAACUGCUAUGCGCAGUCUGCACAAAUUCGAAAAAUCCGGCGAAAGAUGACGGAGAUCAUGACGCAGGAGGCCGCGAAGUGUCAGCUUCGGGAACUAGUCAAAAAGCUGAUCCCGGAAGUGAUUGGGAAAGAGAUUGAGAAGCAGUGCAAGGGUAUUUUCCCUCUCAAGGACUGCAUGAUUCGAAAGGUCAAGAUCAUGAAGAAGCCAAAGUUUGACAUUACCAAGUUGAUGGAGCUGCAUGGCGAUGGUGGAGAUGAUGUUGGUGUGGAGAUGAUGCGUCCAGAGGCAGACGAGGCUAUGAAUACAUUGACAGCGGAUGUGACUGCCGCUGCAGACGAUGACUGA